AUUACCUCUUUUAAUCAAGAAGCACAUGGCAUUCAUGGAAUCCAACAAGUUCUCAUUGUUGGCCUUGUUAGUUCUUGGUGUUUAUGUUUCGGUGACCGCAUCUCGGGCGCUGAAUGAGGCAUCUAUGUCUGAUAAACAUAAGCAGUGGAUGCUUGAGCAUGGUCGGACAUACAAAGACGUCGCUGAGACGCAGCAUCGCUUCGAGAUAUUCAAGAAGAACGUUGAGUUUAUUGACUCAUUUAACGCCGGGGAUCACAAGUUUAAGCUUGGCCCAAACCUGUUUGCCGACCUAACCAAUGAGGAGUUUAGAGCCAUGUACAAUGGCUUUAGACUUUCUUCCACUGAUAGCAGCAAGGCAAAGAGUUCUUUUAAGUAUGAGAACUCCACUGAUGUGCCUGAGUCUAUGGAUUGGAGGACCAAAGGAGCUGUCACUCAUGUUAAGAACCAAGGCCAAUGCGGUUGUUGUUGGGCAUUCUCUGCUGUGGCUGCCAUGGAAGGAGUCACAAAGCUCAGUACAGAUAACUUGAUCUCCCUUUCUGAACAAGAGGUUGUCGAUUGUGAUGUCGAUGAGGAGGACAACGGAUGCCAUGGUGGCUGGCCGAGUGGUGCCUUUAAGUUCAUCAUUAAGAAUGGUGGACUCACUACUGAAACAAACUAUCCUUAUACAGAAACUCAAGGCACCUGCAACAUAGAGAAAGCAACUUCACAUGCAGCCCAAAUUAGCGGCUAUGAGGAUGUGCCUGCAAACAAUGAGGCGGCACUCCUUAUGGCCGUAGCUAAUCAGCCAGUCUCUGUUGCCAUUAAUGGCGGUGGCUAUGCCUUCCAGUUAUACUCCAACGGUGUAUUCUCCGGUCCUUGUGGAUUUAAACUAGAUCACGCUGUCACCGCAGUUGGCUAUGGGCAAGAUAGUGAUGGGACAAAGUAUUGGUUGGUCAAAAACUCAUGGGGAGAAUCAUGGGGUGAGAAUGGAUACAUAAGGAUGGAAAGGGAUGUUGGAUAUGAUCAAGGUCUUUGUGGCAUUGCCAUGCACGCAUCGUACCCUACUGCUUGAAGACAUUAACAAGUUCCGAGUCUCUUUUAAUUUUAUCUUUGAGUUGUGUUCUUUUAAUUUUUGAGUUGUGUUCGUAUUGUAGUCAUAGGCAUAAUAUUGAGACUGUGAUGUUCAAUAAGCAUAUAUGUGGUGUAUGCCGAAAGUAUAUGUAGGCACACACACACGCAUUCAA